AUGUCUGCCCCGUCCAACACUUCUUCCGAUUAUAAUUUCAAGACCUCUCUCCCCGCCAACGCAUCGGCAUCCCUCGACAAGCAACAAUCGAUCAUCACCAAUUCCAUCCUCGACCUCUUCGCCGGGUACCCGAGCAAGCGCAAACUCGCACUGUGGACCGACGAAGCCAGCUUCCACGACCCACUGACGAUCGCCGAGGGCCGCAAACAGUACGAGGCGCAAUGGUACGGGUUGAAGGCCUCGAUGAGCGAGAUCCACCAGCAGCAUUUCGACAUCGUGAAGGGCGGGAAUCCCAUCGAGCUGAGCCUCAAGACGCUGUACAAGGUCAAGGGCAUCGGCAAGGAGCAAGUCGUCGAUUCGAGAGUGCUUGUGCACCUGACGCCGGAUGGUCAGAGGAUUUCAAAGGUCGAGGAUAAGUGGAAUGGCGAUGUCCCUCCUGACGGGCCGUUUGCGAAGGCUUUGAGAAAUUUGAACAGUGUGACUGUCCCCGCUUUUGUCUCCGUGCCCAAGUCAAUUGAGGAAGAGGAAGCUGCGGAAAGGAGAUAA